AUGCUUGAGACAAAAAUCUCUCAAGUGGCACAACAACAAGCACCUACUGCCGCACCUGCUGGGAAAUUUCCAGGACAACCACAACCAAACUCAAAAGGGCAUGCUCAUGCUAUUAUUCUGCAAAGUGGUAGAGAGAUGGAUGAACCGACUGACCCUAGGCUUAAAAACCCUGCUAUAUUCCAAAGCCCUAGGAAGACAACUGAGGAGGAAAGUAGACCCAAGGAUAAACCAAGUGAUUUGAAAGAGAAAGAGGACAAGGAAGGCGAGACGGAGGAGAAAGAAGCGCCAUACAUACCUCCACCACCUUGUAAACCACUUAUCCCGUACCCUCAAAGACUCGAGAAAUCUAAAAACAUAAGACAAUUUAAGAAAUUUGUCGAACUUCUUAAACAGGUAAAAAUCACAAUUCCGUUUACAGAAGCCAUUACCCAAAUUCCCUCAUAUGCUAUGUUCCCAAAAGAAAUCCUAUCGAAUAAGAAGAAAUUAGAAGACAACGAGACCGUAACACUCACUGCUGAAUGUAGUGCAAUAAUUCAAAAUAAAAUGCCACCUAAGCUGAAAGGCCCAGGAAGUUUCUCCAUACCCUGCAAUAUAGGAAAAUUUGUCAUAGACAAAGCUUUAUGCGACUUAGGAGCUAGUAUUAGCCUAAUGCCUUUGUCCAUUUGCGAGAAACUAAACAUGGGAGAUCUUAGACCAACCAAGAUGUCAGUACAACUUGCAGACCGAUCUAUCAAGUAUCCUGUAGGAGUUCUUGAAAAUGUACCCGUCCGCAUCGGACAAUUCUACAUCCCUACGGAUUUCAUAAUUAUGGACAUAAAGGAAGACGUCAAUACUCCUAUAAUUUUAGGAAGACCUUUUCUAGCUACCGCUGGAGCCAUCAUAGACGUAAAGAAAGGCAAGUUGACAUUCGAAGUAGGUGAGGAGAAGGUCGAGUUUAUUCUAACACAAUUCCUUCAAGCCCCAGCUAUAGAAGAUACAUGUUAUCUGGUGGAUGUUAUUGAUGAAUGUAUAAGAGAGAUAGGACUAUCAGAAGAAUCUUACUAUGAAUUUAUAAAGAUUCUGAUGCCCCUGAUUUUCGAAGAUGACAAUUGGCGUCCAGAAUAUUGA